AUGGCUCCCAGUGUACGAGGAUGGCAGAUGAUUGAAAUCGUCUCGGUCUUGGUAGCCCUGUGUCUGGUUUCCGUGGUGGCGCGCAUGGUGGCUCGCUACCGUCGUCGAGUGGGCUUCGGCAUUGAUGACUAUCUUUCUCUGGUGUCUAUGGUGUUGAUGAUAGCCAUGUUGAUUGAACUGAUCUUGUGGUGUUCGAUCGGAGGCAAUGGGACCCACGUCAACUUGUUGGACACCAAGACCCUAAUGAACUAUUGGAAGAUCUUCCUGGCCAACCAGUUCACAUACUUCAUCCUCUGCCCGUCAAUCAAGAUUUCCCUGAUUUGCUUCUACCGCCGCGUCUUCACUACCCCCAGGUUUCAGCAAUUUACCUUCGGACUAAACUGCCUCAUCGGUGCCUGGGGCCUCGGCAUCUUCCUCGCAUGCGCUGGCCAAUGUAUUCCUCUCCGCGCCUACUGGGACCACAGUGUGCCCGGCAAAUGCUUCGAUGCGAACGUCUUCUUCAUCGUCAACCAAGCCUUCAACGUCGUCAUGGACUUUGUCAUCCUCAUCCUGCCAAUCCCGAUGAUCUGGGGUCUGCACCGUAGCUGGCAAGACAAGCUCGCACUGAACGGUGUCUUUGCUCUCGGCGCUUUCGUCUGCUUCGCUAGUAUCUACCGCAUCGUCGUGCUGUUCUGGAUCAGCCCCACCGACCCUACUUACACCGUCUACCAAGCCACUCUAUGGACACACAUCGAGCCAUCCGUCGGACUGAUCUGCUCCUGUCUACCCAUCAUCCGCGGUCUCUUCCCUGCCAUCAAGUUGAGGAACCGCUCCAAGAACAGCCAGCCUCCGUACUAUAUCAACACCGACCGCAGCAACGCGCACUGGAUCUCCAAGUCGAGCCCCCGCUCGCCGGACCUCGAAUAUAUGAAGAUGCAAGCGGCCAUGUAUGGCUCACAAUCGCCAUAUGAGAGGUGUGCUAGUGCCACCAAAGGCACGUUCUUGGGCGAUAAUCUCCAGCCGCAGCCUCUUGGUAUCAGUGUUCAGACUGAUAUCUCCAUUACCCCGGACAACAACUCGACAACCACGCUCACCCGUUGA